GCAGUCUGAGGCAAGGUUUGAUUCCUGUAAGGUCUUCUCUGGGUUUGUAGGCCCUCUCGGGGACAGCAUGAUUCAAGGGCUCCUCGUCUUCUGUGGCCUGCUAGGUCUGGAUGCCGGGUCAACAAAAGAUCCCACUGCAGCACCUCCAUUUCAAACGGUGGAUAUAGUCCUGGACUGCUCCUAUGUGGAGGAAGAUCCAGGAGGCUUGCCAGGUGCCUUUGGGGGCUCGUUCUCCAAGGACCCUGCUACCCUUGUGCUGAGGGACGUCAGUGUCAGAGAUGACGGGAGCUUGGGUGAGGCAACUGAUUACAAAGUGCCGCAGGAAAAUGCUGACUCCUCUCCUCGCAUUGUUUUUGAAACCUCAGCCCCGUUGGUAUCCAUCCCACAUGCAGAGUCCCUACUGCACGCCGACUGUAAUGGGGAGGAGGUAAACUGCGAGAUUUCCCCAUACAACUUCCAGCGGGAUGGCAAGGGGCUCUGCCCUGGCUCCUGGUUCAUGGGGACUCUGCGGCUGUCCAGUGGGAUCAGUAUUGCCCUGGUGCUCAGAGGCUCCCACUGCAGCGGUGGGCAGGAGGAGGAGCCAGAUGCAAUACUGCACCCGAAGCUGAGGAUUCCUGUGAGCAAGAAGGGGACAGUGCUGACCACAGUCGAAUUUCAAUCGUCGUCAUGCAACACUUCCCUGCGCACCCACCUCGGCGGCUCAGUCACCCUUGACUGCCACUUUGCCUUAGCUCCCAGCUCCCUGCUGUCCUCCCUGGAGUGGAGGAGGCAGCACCGAGGCAGCGGAAGAAGCCUGUUUCGGUACCAGGCAGGGAGCACGGGCCCAACAGUGGAGCCAAAAGUCCAUGUGGAUAUGCCACAGUUGCUGGGGAAUGGAGAUGCAUCACUUAGUCUGCAAGGAGUGAGCGUGGGAGAUGAGGGCACGUACAUCUGUUUGGUGUCCACCCCACAGCACCAGAUCCAGCACAUCAUCCAGCUGCAGGUGGCUGAGCCCCCAAGAGUUCGUGUGAUUCCAGCACAAGUGUCGUUCGAGAGCGAUGUCGCUACUACUCUGACCUGCGACAUUGCUGGCUAUUACCCCCUGGAUGUGUCUGUGAGCUGGACACAGAAGACUGCUGAGGAUGAAGCAGAAAUUGCUCUCUCAAGCAUGCGUUUCUCCAGCCACCAGCAAAGCCAAGAUGGCACCUACAGUAUCACCUCCUACCUCAGCAUCAGCUCAACCACAGUGCGGGCACCAGCCACGUACACCUGCCAUGUUUCACACGUGGCCUUAGAGGAGCCUAUCUCUGCUAGUGCCUAUCUAAAAGCACCAGAAAAAACAGGAUCGGAAGGACUUGUGGGGGGCUUCACUGCUACUGUCAUUUUCAUCAUUGCCCUCUUCAUUGUGCUCUGGAGGAAAAGGACAGUUAAACCAGAAUCUGAGCAACUUCUAAGGGCUUCAGAGUAAAAGAAGCCCUUGCCUACACUCAUUUGUCUUCCUUCCCCUGGCAUAUCCUGUUCAGGAGAGGCAGCUCUGCCCAAAUAUUAACAGAGCUAUUGGUCGGUAUGGGCAGGGCUCCCCUUCAUGGAGGAGCUGAGCGACCUGGGAGACGCAGAGUCACGGAAAAACGCCUUCAUCAUGGAAGGGCAACACUGAUAGCCUCAGCUCGUUACUUGGAUGCCACAUUAGAUGCAACGUGCAUACAUUUUUAGAAAUGCCUCUACUCCAGGUUCAGGGAAAAGUAAAUUGCGUAGAGUUGAGCGUUUGUAUGACUAUAUAUGAGCACAUGCACAUUUUGUAAAUAGUCAUUCAAAAUAUAUAUAUAUGCGCAUGUUGUA